AACAAUCAUGUGAUUAUGUUGAAACUACCAAACACUAUAUCAAGACAGCCAACAAUCAUGUGAUUAUGUUGAAACUACCAAACACUAUAUCAAGAUGGCCUUAGAAUUCUUUAAUAUACUACUCAAUCAUUCUAGAUCUGGUGGCUAUGACUACCAGUUUGUGGAUGAGCCCUCUGAUGACCUCAAGUGUCUAAUUUGCCUGUGUGUGGCCAGGGACCCUCAACAACAUGGGGAUGGGGGCUGUGGGAAAAUAUUCUGUACUAGCUGUAUUGACAAGCACAAGAGGACGAAUGACAAGUGCCCAAACUGUCGAAAAGUUAUGAAUACCUUUAAGGAUGAAAGAAGUAAUAGGGACAUCCAGUCAUUGAAAGUUAAAUGCACAAAUCGUAACGACGGCUGUCAGUGGGUGGGUGAGCUACGAUAUGUGGACGAUCACCUCAAGACCUGUGACUAUGCCAAGCUGCGCUGUCCCAAUAGAUGUGGAGGAGGCAUUUUUCAAAUGUUAAAUGGCGGAGGAACGCAAUUGUUUCGUAAAGACCUUCAAAAGCACCUUGAUCACGAGUGUCCACGUCGUCAGUACAGCUGUCCCCACUGCCAGAAGACUGAUGAGUACAAACAUAUCACUGGAAAUCAUACGGUGAUCUGUCCCAAGAUAAUCAUUGAGUGUUCCAAUGCUCCUCACUGCAAGACAACGUUUCCAAGAGAAACUAAACACACCCAUCUCUCCACCUGCCAGUAUCAAGAGGUGGCCUGCAAAUACCAAGAAUUAGGAUGUAAAAAUAUACUAUUUCGAAAAGAUCUUCAAGGACACGAGAAUGAUGACAAUGUACACCUCCGUAUUGCUAUGACAACAGUGAUAAAGAUAAAGAAACAAUGCACGCUACUAAAUACACAAUUGAAUUGUUCUAACAUGAAGAAUCAGUCCGGUGUUACUUCUAUCUUUAAGAUGCCCUCUUUUAAAGAGAAAAAAGAAAACAAUAUCGAAUUUUUCAGCGAUCCAUUCUAUACUGACCCCAGAGGAUAUAAAAUACUCAUCAACAUCGAUGCGAAUGGUUACGGGGAUAAUAAAGGCACGCAUGUCUCAGUGUGGGUUUAUCUAAUGAGGGGAGAAUACGAUGAUCAACUCGAGUUCCCAUUCAAAGGCACUAUCAAGUUUGAGCUACUCAAUCAGCUGGAGGAUAAGAACCAUUUUUAUGGGUCACACACGCUUGAUGGUACACGAAAGAGUAGCAAGAGAGUAAUCGAUCAAGAGAGGUCUAGCAAUGGAAGCGGUGUGCAUGCAUUCAUUCCUCACGGAGACCUAGGACACAACGCCACCAAGAACUGUCAGUACCUCCAGGAUGAUUGUCUAGUGUUUCGAAUCUCCGUUGAUGUACCGUCCUACAAACCAUGGCUACAAUGCACCAACUAACUAACUAAUAAACGAACACUAUUAGUAUCUAUAAAACUCGUUAUACAAUGUAGUAUCGUGUGUGGUAACUAGAACAAAAGCUGAGUAAAAAUAACGUACAUCUUAAAUUGUUAUACUUAAUUCAGAAAAUGUGUUGUUUUUAUUUACAGUCAACCAAUAAUAAUUGUUGUAGCGCAAAAA